UCGGAUAUAUCUUAUAGUGUUGUCAACUUGUAGGUAAAGAAGCAAAACAUGGCUAAUAGCAAGAUAGUACAUUGGUGGUUGUUGAUUUUGUUCAUGGCAAAUGGAUGGUUGUGUUGUUAUUGUUGUUUGAAUGAAGAAAAGACUGCUCUUUUGCAACUCAAGGCAAACAUAAACUACAGUAUAGGCAACGAUUACUUGUCAUCGUGGGGGGCUAAUGAAACCUCGGAUUGUUGUCAAUGGGAGGGAAUUGUUUGCAGCAACAUCACUAGAAGAGUCGUAGAAUUGUCCAUUAUUGCUAAGCAAAUUAGUCGAGAAGAACAACUAAGAAAUGUUACAGAUAGAGAUGAUAUGUUGAGGAACUGGCUUUUUAAUGCAUCUCUAUUUAUUCCCUUCAAAAAUCUCAAAGCUUUGAUCAUACCUGGACAUUCAUUAGCAGGCUGGGUGAAGAAUGAAGGUUUCGAGAAACUGAGACCACUGAGGAAACUAGAAAGACUUGACUUGUCAGGGAAUCAGUUCAAUCGCAGCAUCUUUCAGUCUCUUAGUCAGCUUUCAUCUCUCAAGUCACUGAACCUCUCAAGUAACAACAUUGCAUCACGUUCAGAGAUGUGGUUCACAGACAACAAAAUUGGAUCAGGUUCUGAGAGAUUGUCAGGGUUAGACAAGCUGGAGAUCCUAGAUUUGAGCAAUAAUAAUCUAGAGGAUGAAAAUGUUCUCUCUGCUCUAGAGUUGAAUACAUCUAGUACGACAUUGAAGAAGCUUGAUAUAAGGUACAACAGAUUCCAGAGUUUUAUACCAAAUGAAGAGUUGGGAGCUUUAAGAAAUAUAGAGUAUUUAUUGCUGGAUGGAAUCACAUUGGAUAAGAACUUUCUGCGGAGCAGUGGUGUCAUGUCAUCUCUUAAAGUAUUAUCAGUAGCUUACUGUAACCUCAAUGGAACUCAACCACUUCAAGGCUUGUGUGAUCUAAAAUAUCUUGAAGAACUAAGUCUCAGCGGAAACAGCCUCAUUGGAAAACUCCCUACAUGUCUUGGAAAUUUAGCGUUUCUUCGAGUAAUUGAUCUCACUCAAAAUCAGUUUACUGGAAACAUUGCUUUAUCUCCACUUUCAAGUCUCUUGUCCCUUGAAUACCUCUUGAUAGCAAACAACAACUUUGAAGUACCAAUUUCCUUCGAGUCAUUUGCUAACCAUUCAAAACUUAAGUUUGUCAUUGCUGACUACAACUCGGUAAUUGUACAAACUACUUCUAAAAGUUGGAUCCCAAAGUUUCAAUUAGAAGCCUUAUCUUUAUUCAACUGCUCUCAAAUGCCAAACUUUCUUCAUUCUCAACAUCACUUGAGACUUCUUCAUCUCUCGAAAUGCAACAUUGGUGGAGACUUUCCAAAUUGGUUAUUAGAAAACAAUCCUAAACUUGGAGAAGUUUACUUGGAUGGAAAUGCAUUCACUGGAUCUCUUCAAUUGCCAUUACUUCCUAAUCUGAAAGCUUUCGAUAUCUCAAACAACAAGAUUCGGGGGCAACUUCCUGCUAACAUUGGGUCCAUUUUCCCAAAUCUCGUGAUAUCAACAAUGUCCAGCAAUAUGCUUGAAGGCAUGUUGCCUUCAAGUUUUGCUGACAUGAAAAACCUUGAAUGCUUGGAUUUGUCAUACAAUAAGUUAAAAGGAGAGCUACCGAUAGGAUUGGCUCGUAAAGGAUCCAAGUUAUUUUUACUGAGAUUGUCGAAUAACAUGUUGAAAGGGGAAAUAUUUCCAGUUUCAGCCAACAUUAACAAUCUCCGAUACUUAUACUUGGAUGGGAACAACUUCUCCGGCCCAAUUCCACAGACGUUAUCCACUGCUCCUUUACAUACAUUGGACUUAAGUUACAACAGAUUGUCAGGAAACAUACCGUCCUGGCUUGGUAAUAUCUCCUCCUUAACCUCCCUUGCAUUGUCCAAAAACCAUCUAAAUGGUCAUAUUCCACCUGAUUUCUGUAGACUUGAAGGACUUGAGGUGUUAGAUAUCUCUGAAAACAACCUUGUUGGUGUGAUUCCAUCAUGUUUUAGUAGUUUCCGACACUUAAAACAUGUGUAUUUGAGUAAAAACAAGCUACAAGGGGAAUUCAACAUGUUCUCAAACUCAGAUUUAAGAGUGUUGGAUCUCGGAGAUAACAACUUCAGUGGUUCCAUUCCAAAAUGGUGGAAUAGUUCUGGUAUAACCACCUUACUUUUGAAAGGAAAUCAUCUUCAAGGCACCAUUCCCACAGAAUUGUGUCAUGCUAGUGACUUGAGAAUUAUGGAUCUUUCUCACAAUAAUCUCUCGGGACCUAUUCCUCGUUGCAUUGGGAACAUAAUGCAACAAGAAGGUGUCAUAGUAGCAUACCCAUACAGUCCAUCAUUUGGAUAUUCAGUAUUCCAGACAUAA